UCGAAAAAACGAUUAGGUUCCACAUGGGGCAAAUAUUUCUGGUUACCUGAGGAUUAUAUCAAAUAAUAUGUGAACGGAAUGUGAACAUUUUCCGCCCUCUCUAACCCCUCCCAAAACAAUGAACGGCCGCUGGUUCUGUGACGGGAGUGAUCCGCCUCGCGCACAGCGCACUCCUCGUUGGAAACGGAGCGGCGGCGGGAAGCUCGCUUCGCUUUUAGGCGAGACUGUCGCUGACCUUGGUGCUGAAAGCCCUUCACUUCCCUUUAAAGCCACUUGACUGUCAGUUCCCACCGACAACGUGACAGUUCGAGAUAAGGAUCAGGAAAAAAACAUAUUUACUCAUUUUGAUCAUUUAUGCGGAUUCGGCGUUUUGAAGUUGACGUUAUUUCGUUGAUUCUUAUCUGAGAUGGCAGCGCGUUCCCCUAUCGCACGCGGGUCGGUUUGUGAGUUUAUAAUGAUAAGUAGACAGGACCAGAGUACUUUUCAUAUCACUCUUGUGUAGGCGUUUUUCUUCGCUCUCAACACCGUCGUCAAUUUUCCUGAUUUACAUCUCACUGAAUCAUUGAUCCGUUGGGUAUCGGUCCGGUAUGCUCUGUCAUCUCUCACUGUGACAUGGUACUUUAACGUAAACGGAAAAAAGCGAGGGAAUUUUACAUUUGGACAUGGAUCCUCCGAAGGAGCCUGGUUUUGUGCCCAGCAAAGAGGGGCUGAAACAACUGGCAGGGAAGACACUGGGGAACGUGUACAAGGUGCUAGAAAGGCGACAAAAAACUGGCGAGAACAUUGAACUAACCGAAGAUGGAAGGCCUGCUCAGAUCAAAGAGAAAAAGCCACCUCUGUGCGACUGCACGUGCUUUGGACUUCCUCGCCGAUACAUCAUCGCCAUAAUGAGCGGCCUCGGGUUCUGCAUCUCUUUCGGUAUCCGGUGCAAUUUAGGCGUGGCCAUAGUGAGCAUGGUUAACAACAGCACCAUUCACCUGAACGGAAAGAUCGUCAUCAAAGAGAAAGCAAAGUUUAAUUGGGACCCUGAAACAGUGGGAAUGAUUCACGGCUCGUUUUUCUGGGGUUAUAUUGUGACACAAAUUCCUGGGGGAUACAUUUCCUCUAGACUGGCAGCGAACAGGGUGUUUGGUGCUGCCAUUCUCCUCACGUCCACACUGAAUAUGUUCAUCCCCUCAGCUGCACGUGUACACUACGGGUGCGUCAUAUUCGUCAGGAUAUUACAAGGGCUUGUAGAGGUAGGAACUUAUCCAGCAUGCCAUGGUAUCUGGAGUAAGUGGGCCCCUCCAAUGGAAAGAAGUCGUCUGGCCACAACCUCCUUCUGUGGGUCAUAUGCUGGAGCUGUCAUUGCCAUGCCCCUCGCUGGGAUCCUUGUGCAGUAUACUGGCUGGUCCUCUGUUUUCUAUGUAUAUGGCUGCUUUGGAAUUCUUUGGUAUAUGUUUUGGAUACUCGUGUCAUAUGAGAGUCCAGCUGUACACCCCACCAUCACGGAUGAAGAACGCUGCUACAUUGAGGAGAGUAUCGGAGAGAGCGCUAAGCUGCUGGGUCCCGCAGAAAAAUACAAGACACCUUGGAAGAAAUUUUUCACAUCCAUGCCCGUCUAUGCAAUCAUCGUGGCCAACUUCUGUAGGAGUUGGACCUUCUACUUGCUGCUCAUCAGCCAGCCUGCAUACUUUGAGGAAGUGUUUGGGUUUGAGAUUAGCAAGGUUGGCAUGCUAUCAGCACUGCCCCAUCUGGUGAUGACCAUUAUUGUGCCCAUUGGGGGACAGAUAGCUGAUCACCUUCGCAGUAAAAACAUCCUGUCUACUACCACAGUUCGAAAGAUCAUGAACUGUGGAGGCUUUGGGAUGGAGGCCACUUUAUUGCUGGUUGUGGGUUACUCCCACAGUAAAGGGGUCGCCAUUUCAUUUCUUGUGUUGGCUGUCGGGUUCAGUGGGUUCGCAAUAUCAGGUUUUAAUGUCAAUCACUUGGACAUUGCUCCUCGCUAUGCCAGUAUCCUGAUGGGAAUCUCAAACGGAGUUGGAACUCUAUCAGGAAUGGUGUGCCCUCUUAUUGUGGGAGCUAUGACUAAACAUAAGACCCGAGAAGAAUGGCAGUAUGUGUUUCUUAUCGCUUCCCUUGUCCAUUAUGGUGGUGUAAUCUUCUAUGGCAUCUUUGCCUCGGGAGAGAAACAGCCAUGGGCGGAUCCAGAGCUGACCAGCGAUGAGAAGUGUGGUUUCAUUGAUGAAGAUGAGCUGGCUGAAGAAACAGGGGACAUCACCCAGAGCUACGGUGCUUUGGGGGGUCCAGCCAAAACCUAUGGUGCCACCACACAGUUGAAUGGAGGAUGGGCAGAAGGAUGGGAUAAACGAGAGGAGUAUGUACAGGAGGGUGCGGAGGAAGGAGGUUAUGGAUACAGGCAGGGUGGGAAUUACUCUUAGACCUUACAAAACAUGCUAGCACACACAACCUAAUGCACACACCUCUAGUACAUUACAGCUGCCCCAAAAGUGUUUGUACACCUAAGUCAGAACAUAACAAACUAAGAAACAGUUGAUGAAAUAGAGCUUUUCUUGUUUUGGGAAAACAUGAUAAUGUCAAGGUGAUUUUUAGUGCAUUUUGACUUAAGUGUGCAUGUACUUUUGGGGCAACUGUACAUACAGCACAGCAAGAAAAUGUAUGCCCACACUGUGUAGAUUUUGUAGUGUUUGUGAGUUCUACAAAAAGAUUACAGAUUACCAUAAAAAUUGUUAUAUGGUUGCACAAAUGUAAAUGAUUUAAUGAGUUAAAAAAUAUACAAAAGAGAUGUAACAUAUCAAAUUGGCAGAAUGUAAAUGUUCUGUGUAUUUAAAAAGAGUGACUUUAUUUCAAGUGCAAUCAUGUGUCAUGCUGUGAAACAAAGUUUUUCACCUCAUUUUUCUGAGCCUUUGGACAUAGAAGCCUAUGGUGUUAGCUACUGGCUUUUUAAAGCAUUGCUUAUUGAAUCUGUCUAGAGACAUACUGUUGUAAAAAAUUCAUUGUCUUUUUUCUGAUUGCACUGAGAGAGCUGUACUAUGUCUUUCAACACAGUGGGUUUGUUUAUACCUCAUGAUGUGUUACUCGUUCAUCGUACAGUAUAUAUAAUAUUUAUAAGAGAUUAAAGAGGAUUUGGUCUUUGACACUGGAGAGAAAAGCACAGUUUUAUAGAUGGUCAAAUAAAAGCAACAAAAGUUUUGCUCAAGCUUAGUAUAAUAGUUAGUUUCAUUAUGAUUGGAAGGUGCUGUUCAGUGUGUUGUUUGCUGUAAAAGAAAAAAUUGGAAACAAGAGCUACAUAAAGCAAAAGCACAGUGUGUCAAGCCUACAUGACUCUUUAAUUGAGAUUUUAUACAUGUUCACUCCAUGCUAUUUUGACAUCUGUGAUUGUUAGUUAUGCAUGGGUCAAAAAUAUUUUUGUUUCUACAAAAGUAGUGUUUUUUACAUUUUUACAUUAUUUUAGUUUUUUAGCUGUUACUAAUGUGUCAAUUCCUUUGCACAAUUAACCAAAGGUAACCUGAAGUGUGGGUUUUUAGCUGGGAUGGGUGACAGUUUCCAUUAAGAAGACAAAAUGAGGACCUGUAAAAGGGGUUGUUUCAAUCCUUGCAGCAGGUUGUAACCAUAUUCGAUGUACAAAGCAAUAAAUCCAUGGUAACAGUUAUUUAUUAGUCAGUUUGUCCAAAAUAUGUAACACAUUAGCACAUUAACCUGUAAUAAUUUUUGGUUUAAGUCUUUUUGUGAUGACAAUUAAAAAGAAAAAAGAUUAAAGAAAUACUUACUGUCGAAA